AUGGGUUCGCUCCCGGGUCCUGUCCAGGGCAUCAGAAUAUCCAUCGACCGCGGUGGCACGUUCACGGAUUGUGUGGCGUCGGUGCCCGGUCAAGAUGAUAUCCUCGUGAAGUUGCUCUCCGUCGACCCCGGUAACUAUCCCGAUGCCCCCGUCGAAGCGAUCAGGAGAGUCCUGGAAAAGGCGACGGGGAGGGCAUACCCAAGGGGCAAGAAGAUCUCUCUGAGAGGAGUCGAGUCCAUCAAGAUGGGGACAACAGUCGCCACAAACGCCCUACUCGAGAGGAAAGGAGAGCGCACGGUAUUCGCCGUCACCAAGGGCCUCAAGGACCUGCUUCACAUCGGCAACCAAUCGAGGCCGAAGCUCUUCGACCUCGCCAUCCGCAAGCCCGACGUGCUCUACUCCAAAGUCAUUGAGAUUCCGGAACGGGUGACGCUCGAGGCCUGGUCAGAAAAUAACAAGCCAGACGUCAUUGACGUCUCUUCAGAUCCCGCCCUGGUGACGGGCGUCACUGGCGAGGUAGUCCGGGUGUUGGAGCCCUUGGACCUCGAAGCCUCUAGGAAAGCCCUCCAGGAGGCGUACGACGAAGGCUACCGCUCCAUCGCCGUCUGUCUCAUGCACAGCUACACCUUCCGCGAGCACGAGGCCGCCGUCGCGGACCUCGCCGCCGACAUCGGCUUCACCCACGUCUCCCCCAGCGCGGAGCUGUCGCCGGUCGUCAAGAUCGUGCCGCGCGGCAACUCGUCUACGGCGGACGCGUACCUCACCCCCGAGAUCAAGCGCUACAUCGCCGGGUUCGAGUCCGGGUUCGAGGACCUCGCCACCAGCGGCUGCCGGUGCGAGUUCAUGCAGAGCGACGGCGGUCUCGUCGAGUUCUCCGGCCUGUCCGGCCUGAGGGCCAUCCUCUCCGGCCCGGCUGGCGGCGUCGUGGGCUACGCGAGGACGUGCUUCGACGAGACGGACAAGACACCCGUCAUCGGCUUCGAUAUGGGCGGGACGAGUACCGACGUCUCAAGAUAUGCUGGCGAGCUUGAGCAGGUUUUCGAGACAACGACAGCCGGCGUCAUGGUCCAGACGCCUCAGCUGGACAUCAACACCGUCGCAGCCGGCGGCGGUAGCAUCCUCAGCUGGCAGAGCGGCAUGUUCAAGGUCGGCCCCGAGAGCGCGUCGGCCCACCCCGGCCCGGCUUGCUAUAGGAAGGGCGGCCCCCUGACCGUGACGGAUGCCAACGUCGUCCUCGGCCGUGUGCGCCCCGAGUUCUUCCCCAAGAUCUUUGGCCUCAACGAGGACCUGCCCCUGGACGUCGACGCCAGCAGACGCCUUUUUGAGGACCUCACGGCGAGCAUCAACAAGGACGAGAACACGAACCUCAGCGUGGAGGAAGUAGCCGCGGGCUUCCUCGACGUCGCCAACGAGUCCAUGUGCCGCCCCAUCCGCACCCUCACCGAGGCAAAGGGGUACGACGCCGGCCUUCACAACCUCGCCUCGUUCGGCGGCGCCGGCGGCCAGCACGCCUGCGACAUCGCCAAGACGCUGGGCAUCUCCCGCGUCCUCGUCCACAAGUACUCCUCCGUCCUCUCCGCGUACGGCAUGGCCCUCGCCGACGUCGUCCGCGAGGAGCGCAGCCCCUGCGCGCUGACCUACGACGAGGCCAACCGCGCCGUCUUCGCCGCCGAGCUCGACAAGCUGGUGGCCAAGGCCGGUGACGCCCUGCUGCUGCAGCGCAUCCCCCGGGACCGCAUCGUUCCGGAGAGGUACCUCAACAUGCGCUUCCAGGGCAGCGACACCCCGCUCAUGAUCCAGGAGACGGCCAGGCCCGGCGGGUACCUCGCGGCGUUCAGGGACGAGCACCAGAAGCAGUUCGGCUUCCUGCCCGUCGGGCGCGAGGUCAUCGUCGACGACUACCGCGUGCGGGCCGUCGGCAAGACGACGGUGCAGUUACCCACGCCCUGGCCCGAGGAGCUCGCCUCCGCCGAGGCCGCACCGUCGCCGCCGCCGCCGGCGGCCAAGAUCACGAAGCCGGUCUACUUCAAGGGCCUGGGCUGGAUCGCCGGCCCGGCGCUCGUCAUGGACGACAAACAGACCAUCGUGGUCAUUCCCGGCGCGGCGGCGACGGUGCUCUCCGAGACGGUCGUCGUCGACGUCGCCGUCGGCACCAGGGAGACCAUCUCGGCGACGGCCGUCGACCCCAUCCAGCUGUCCAUCUUCGGGCACCGCUUCAUGGGCGUCGCGGAGCAGGCCGGCCGGGCGCUGCAGAAGACGAGCGUCAGCACCAACAUCAAGGAGAGGCUCGACUUCUCGUGCACCGUCUUCUCGCCCGACGGCGGGCUCGUGGCCAAUGCGCCGCAUGUUCCUGCGAUGAUUGGGAGCAUGGCGUAUGCCGUCAAGUGGCAGAUCGACCACUGGGGCGAAGACCUCAAGCCUGGCGAUGUGAUCCUGUCCAACGCACCCGUCUGUGGCGGCACCCAUCUUCCUGAUCUCACUGUCAUCACUCCCGUCUUCGAUGCGGAGGGCAAGAAAAUCAUGUUCUGGACCGCGUCGAGAGGCCACCACGCUGACGUCGGCGGCAUUCUCCCAGGCUCGAUGCCCCCCAACUCCAAGGAGCUCUGGGAAGAAGGCGCCGUGAUCAAGGCCUUCAAGGUCGUCGAGGGUGGCGUGUUCAAGGAGAAGGAGCUCAUCGAUUUGCUGAUGGCACCCGCGCACCACCCAGGCUGCUCCGGCACGAGAUGCCUGCGCGACAACAUCUCGGACAUCAAGGCCCAAGCCGCGGCCAACCACCGCGGGAGCCAGCUCAUCCACUCCCUGAUUGACGACUAUGGUCUCGACGUGGUCCAGUUCUACAUGGAGGGAAUUCAAGGCGCUGCCGAGCGGGCCGUCCGCGACAUGCUCAAGACGAUCCACAAGCGCACGGCCGGCAAGCCCCUCUCGGCCGUCGACUACAUGGAUGACGGCACGCCCAUCCAGCUCGAGGUGACGAUCGACCCGGCCACGGGCGGGGCCGUCUUCGACUUCAGCGGCACGGGGCCGGAGGCGUACGGCAACUGGAACGCGCCGAUCGCCAUUUGCAACUCGUCCAUCAUAUUCGCGCUGCGCUGCAUGGUCGACGCCGAGAUCCCGCUCAACCAGGGCGCCAUCCGGCCGGUCGAGGUGCGGGUGCCCGAGGCGUCGCUCCUCCGGCCGACGGAGCACGCCGCCGUGUGCGCGGGCAACGUGCUGACGUCGCAGCGCGUGGUGGACGUCAUCUUCCGGGCGUUCGGCGCCGCGGCCGCGAGCCAGGGGUGCAUGAACAACCUGACGUUCGGCACCGACGACCCGGACAGCGGGUUCGGCUACUACGAGACCAUCUGCGGCGGCGCGGGCGGCGGGCCGACGUGGGACGGCGCCAGCGGCGUGCACACCAACAUGACCAACACGCGCAUCACGGACCCGGAGUCGCUCGAGAGGCGGUACCCCGUCGUCCUGAGGCGGUUCUGCCUGAGGGAGGGCAGCGGCGGGAGGGGGGCGCACAUGGGCGGCGACGGCGUCGUCCGUGACAUGGAGUUCGGCAUCCCCAUCAAGGUCAGCAUCCUCAGCGAGCGCCGGGCGUUUGCGCCGUACGGCAUGGCCGGCGGCGAGGACGGGCAGAGGGGCCGCAACGUGUGGGUCAAGAAGAGCGGGCGCGUCGUGAACCUCGGCGGGAAGAACACGGCCAGGAUGGAGGCCGGCGACCGCAUCAUCAUCAUGUCGCCCGGCGGUGGUGGCUACGGAAGGCCCGAGGACAGGGUCGAGGUGGGGGGGAAGCAGCCGAAGGGGUUUGUCGGUGUCGCCAACGGCACGGUCGACAUGAUCCAGAGCAUGGGAGAGUCUGCAUAA